CGGUGUGACCUUCCCCGGCCACCGUUGGCUACGUCAGAAGUAAAUACUGCCUGCUAGUCCACUACUAGCUAGCUUCUUGUGAAGAAAACAUGGCUUUUACAUUGUACUCUCUCAUUCAAGCAGCGAUUCUGUGCGUCAAUGCUGUCGCUGUAUUGCACGAAGAAAGAUUUCUGAGUAAAAUCGGCUGGGGAGUCGAUCAAAGUGUCGGAGGCUUCGGGGACGAACCGGGCGUCAAAGUGCAGCUAAUGAACCUGGUCCGCUCCGUGAGGACGGUGAUGAGAGUGCCGUUGAUCGCAGUGAAUGCCGUCUGCAUAGUGCUGCUGCUUCUGUUCGGAUGAGGAGGCGACAGACCGGGUCUGCCAUCGGGAGGCACAUCUCCAUCACCUCAGGAAACCUUCUGCAGACACAUUGGAUCGCUUUGACUCUCGCAAUAUCUGUCAGCCUGAAUGUGAAUAUUAUCGUGUAAUAUUCCACAUCAAUACAUGGGAUAUUUUGUCAUUUUGUACAGCACAGCAAUUCAAAAUAAGUAUAUGCAACUUAAUAGCACAAUAAAAUACCGAAUACGAAACACUUCA